AUUCUUUGCUUGGGCGUCUCGCCGGGUUAAAGAGGAGCAUUGCCCUGAAGGAACUCACCAAAACACAUCCUCAUGUUGAGAAGGGAGGCAAAGUUCGACCUAAACACUGCAAAGCCUCUGAAAAGGUUGCAAUAAUUAUACCAUUCAGGAACCGUCACUCUCAUCUGUACAUUCUCCUCAACAACCUGAUACCAUUGCUACAGAGACAGUUAAUUGACGCAAGGAUUUUCGUUGUCGAACAAGCUAUGCCAACGUUAUUUAAUAGGGCAUCUCUGUUUAACGUUGGCUUUCUGGAAUCUCAGAAAUUCGAUAAGUACAACUGCUUCAUCUUCCAUGAUGUUGAUCUGAUACCGAUAGAUGACAGAAACUUGUAUCGAUGUGAUGAGCAGCCGGUUCAUUUUUCUGCGUCCAUGGACAAGUAUGGCUACGAACUUCCGUAUAAAAAAUAUUUCGGUGGAGUGGUCGGGUUCACUCGAAAUCAAUAUCUGAAGAUAAAUGGAAAUUCAAACCUUUAUUUCGGCUGGGGUGGCGAAGAUGAUGAUCUUUUCGAGAGAAUUGACAAUAAAAAUUAUGAGAUAGCUCGACCAUACAAAGAUAUAGGUAGAUACGAUAUGGUUCGACACACCCAUGACUCGGGUAACUGGGACAACUGUGACCGGCGGGUGUUGCUCAAGUCAGCCCGAGAUCGGCAGGAUGUUGAGGGACUGAAUACAGUCAAGUAUAAAUCGAAAUAUGUGAAAGUCAUGUCUCACAUGACUUGGAUUAAUGUUGAGAUUAAUUUGAAAGAGGUUUUAGAUACUGCUCCCAAG